AGCGCUCGGGUGUGCGGGAGGAUUCUCAGCACUCGAGUGAAUUCGGUGGAGCUCGGGUCGGCGGAAGGAUUCGGCAGCACUCGAGUAAAUUCGGCGGCGCUCGCCGAAGGGACGAUGGAAGCGAAGGGGCUCGGCAUGGAGUCGCCUGAAGUGACGGAGGUUUCGGUGAUGGGGGAAGAGCAGAUCGACAUGGCCGAGCAGCUGCCGAGCUCCGACGAGGCUGGCUUCGCAGAGGUGACAACGGUGACAGUGGCGAGUAUGACUGGAGCUGCUGAUAAUGUUUUCACAACGUCUGUUGCAAAUGCUUCCAUAUCAGAGCAUGUACUGUCAGGAAGAACCACACUUCAGAUCGGAGAAGGACUGCCCACAGACAAAGCCACUCUGAUAGUGGUUCACACCGACGGCAGUAUUGUCGAAACAACGGGAUUGAAGUCAUCUAGUACACCUAUAACCCAAGGUCCACAGACUCCAUCCACUCCUCUGACAUCAGGCCCUGACAAAGAUGGGACUAAAUACAACUGGGAUCCUUCUGUGUAUGAGAAUGAACUACCAGUCCGAUGCCGAAAUACAAGUGGCAUUUUGUUUAAAAACAAGUUGGGUUCUGGAGGCCGUGGGCGUUGCAUUAAACAUGGAGAGAACUGGUUUACUCCCACUGAAUUUGAAGGGUUGGCGGGUCGCGCUAGCAGCAAAGACUGGAAAAGGAGCAUCCGAUAUGCUGGUCGCUCCCUGCAGUGCCUGAUACAGGAUGGCAUCCUAAAUCCCCAUGCAGCCUCUUGCACCUGUGCUGCCUGCUGUGACGAUAUGUCUCUGACUGGCCCGGUCAGGCUCUUCGUUCCUUACAAAAGACGCAAGAAGGAAAAUGAACCAAGUACUGCCCCAGUUAAGAAGGAAUCCUCCAAGAACAUCACUUUACUGCCUGCAGCAACUGGGACAGCCUUUACAAUGACUCCAGCUGGUCAGAUCACUCCAUCUGGAACAUUGGCCUUCGAGCGAACACCCACAGCGGAUGCUACAGCCAUGAUAUCAGAUGGUACGACACAGGGAGAUGUCUUCACUGGUAGCACAGAGGAUGGGAUCCACCAGGGGCAGACCUGUCGCGACUGGUGGUGGGAUACAGCAAAUAAAACCCCAUACCCUUUACAGGGGCAUGAGGGUCACAGACAAGGUAGCCGUGCAGGCCUCGGGGUUCCUCAUGUCUGUGGAGAUGAUGCCACUCAGGGACGGCCUCAGGACCAGGUAGAAGGUGCCACAUCAGGUCCAUCCCGCUCACCUCCACACUCGGCUUCACCAGCAUCACUGGGAGCUGGUGCCAGUCCUGAUACGCACACGUCGAAGAGUAUCAGUGAGUUUGAGGAGGGAACACAGGUAUUGGCAUCGCUCCCUGCACUCGCUGUACCGACUCCUCCCACUCCGAGCAAAGUGAUCUCACCCACUGCCUUGAAUGGCUUGGAGGUUGCUGAGCAGCGUAGCUGGCUCUACCUGGAGGAGAUGGUCAAUUCGUUGCUGGCCACAGCUCAGCAGCUGAAGACACUGAUUGAGCAGGCAAAACAAGCUAGCAUCGCUUCGAAGGAUGGUGCCAUUGCUCAGGCCAAGCUGCAGGCAGACACUGAGAGGAAAGGGACCCUGACGCAGUACCAGAACCAGAUACCAUUCCACUCAGCUGACGAUGUGGAUGGGAAAGCUGAGAUGAUCAUCAAGCGAACAUGUGUGAACUGUGGCCGUGAAGCAAUGAAUGAAUGUACUGGAUGUCACAAGGUCCAUUACUGCUCAACAUUCUGCCAGCGAAAGGACUGGAAGGACCACCAGCAUGUGUGUGGGCAGGCAGAAGAUGUGCAGGUGGCAGAAGUGGAUGUGGACAAGGUGAAAGUUUGAGCACCCGCCAGUUUAUCCAUUGGUGAAAUUGAUCCAGGGUGCAUGGACCAAGCUCUGGAAUCGGGGAACGUCCAUGAACUUUAUGGUGCAGAUUAGCUUUGAUGACGGAAAAACACACUUAAAAGGCAGAAAAUGCUCUGGGAGAGAUGUGAGCCUGGAGUCCUGUGUCCCUAUCUUAAUCCAGCCCCUGGGUCUUGAAAAGGACACGUUACUGCUCACUAAUACACACCAGCAUGUGUGUCCUCCACAUGGAGCCCAUAUAGAGUUACAGCUGCACACAUUAACCUUGGAUAGAUGGUGGGGAGGGUGUGUUUGUGCAAAGGACAGGGUCUGUUCUGAGCACUGGUAUUGAGGUGAGGGGGUUACUGGUGGGUGGGGGCCGUGGACAGCAUCAGGGGAGGCAAGAGACAGAGUUAGACCUUGUUGUUGUGAGUGUUUUGUGAUUGAGCUCAGAAAUUACAUGGAAUGAAGCAGGUUCUGUGUCCGAUAUGGUGAGCAGUACUCAUGCAGAUGAAAGCAUACCACCAGCAUGUACAUGGUGUCUCCCAGACUAGCAGAGUGUCCAGGCCCAAAGCCAAGCUGAAGAGUGGUGAGUUUCAAACGCAAUGUAAUCUAAUUUCUCCAUUUUUGUCUUUAUUGGAAGAAAUUGAAUCCUAUAGCAAGUUACAUUUAAAUUCAAAAAGCUGCUUGUGGAAAACAAAUCAGGAGCAGAGGAACACAGUGUUUGAAUGGGUCGAGGGACUCACUCAAUCAGGAGCAGAGGAACACAGUGUUUGGGUCGAGGGACUCACUCAAUCAGGAGCAGAGGAACACAGUGUUUGGGUCGAGGGACUCACUCAAUCAGGAGCAGAGGAACACAGUGUUUCUAAAUGGGUCGAGGGACUCACUCAAUCAGGAGCAGAGGAACACAGUGUUUGGGUCGAGGGACUCACUCAAUCAGGAGCAGAGGAACACAGUGUUUGAAUGGGUCGAGGGACUCACUCAAUCAGGAGCAAAGGAACAGUGUUUGGGUCGAGGGACUCACUCAAUCAGGAGCAGAGGAACACAGUGUUUGAAUGGGCUGAGGGGCUCACUCAAUCAGGAGUGAAGGAACACAGUGUUUGAAUGGAUCGAGGGGCUCACUCAAUCAGGAGUGAAGGAACACAGUGUUUCUGAAUGGGUUGAGUGACUCACUCAAUCAGGAGUGAAGGAACAGUGUUUGAAUGGGUCGAGGGGCUCACUCAAUCAGGAGUGAGGGAACACAGUGUUUGAAUGGGUAGAGGGACUCACUCAAUCAGGAGUGAAGGAACAGUUUUUCUGAAUGGAUCGAGGGGCUCACUCUAUCAGGAGUGAAGGAACACAGUGUUUGAAUGGAUCGAGGGGCUCACUCUAUCAGGAGUGAAGGAACAGUGUUUGAAUGGGUCGAGGGGCUCACUCAAUCAGGAGUGAAGGAACAGUGUUUGAAUGGGUCGAGGGGCUCACUCAAUCAGGAGUGAAGGAACACAGUUUUUCUGAAUGGGCUGAGGGGCUCACUCAAUCAGGAGUGAAGGAACACAGUUUUUCUGAAUGGGUCGAGGGACUCACUCAAUCAGGAGUGAAGGAACACAGUGUUUGAAUGGAUCGAGGGACUCACUCAAUCAGGAAUGAAGGAACACAGUGUUUCUGAAUGGGUCGAGGGGCUCACUCAAUCAGGAGCAGAGGAACACAGUGUUUCUGAAUGGAUUGAGGGGCUCACUAUCAGGAGUGAAGGGACACAGUGUUUGAAUGGAUCGAGUGACUCACUCAAUCAGGAGUGAAGGAACAGUGUUUGAAUGGGUCGAGGGACUCACUAUCAGGAGUGAAGGGACACAGUGUUUGAAUGGGUCGAGGGACACUCAAUCAGGAGUGAAGGAACAGAGUGUUUGAAUGGGCUGAGGGGCUCACUCAAUCAGGAGCAGAGGAACACAGUGUUUGGGUCGAGGGACUCACUCAAUCAGGAGCAGAGGAACACAGUGUUUGGGUCGAGGGACUCACUCAAUCAGGAGCAGAGGAACAGUGUUUCUAAAUGGGUCGAGGGACUCACUCAAUCAGGAGCAGAGGAACACAGUGUUUGGGUCGAGGGACUCACUCAAUCAGGAGCAGAGGAACACAGUGUUUCUAAAUGGGUCGAGGGACUCACUCAAUCAGGAGCAGAGGAACACAGUGUUUGGGUCGAGGGACUCACUCAAUCAGGAGCAGAGGGACACAGUGUUUGAAUGGGCUGAGGGGCUCACUCAAUCAGGAGUGAAGGAACACAGUGUUUGAAUGGAUCGAGGGGCUCACUCAAUCAGGAGUGAGGGAACACAGUGUUUGAAUGGGUUGAGUGACUCACUCAAUCAGGAGUGAAGGAACACAGUGUUUCUGAAUGGGUUGAGGGGCUCACUCAAUCAGGAGUGAAGGAACACAGUGUUUCUGAAUGGGUCGAGGGGCUCACUCAAUCAGGAGUGAGGGAACACAGUGUUUGAAUGGGUAGAGGGACUCACUCAAUCAGGAGUGAAGGAACAGUUUUUCUGAAUGGAUCGAGGGGCUCACUCUAUCAGGAGUGAAGGAACACAGUGUUUGAAUGGGUCGAGGGGCUCACUCAAUCAGGAGUGAGGGAACACAGUGUUUGAAUGGGUUGAGUGACUCACUCAAUCAGGAGUGAAGGAACAGUGUUUGAAUGGGUCGAGGGGCUCACUCAAUCAGGAGUGAAGGAACACAGUUUUUCUGAAUGGGCUGAGGGGCUCACUCAAUCAGGAGUGAGGGAACACAGUGUUUGAAUGGGUUGAGUGACUCACUCAAUCAGGAGUGAAGGAACAGUGUUUGAAUGGGUCGAGGGGCUCACUCAAUCAGGAGUGAAGGAACACAGUUUUUCUGAAUGGGCUGAGGGGCUCACUCAAUCAGGAGUGAAGGAACACAGUUUUUCUGAAUGGGUCGAGGGACUCACUCAAUCAGGAGUGAAGGAACACAGUGUUUCUGAAUGGAUUGAGGGGCUCACUAUCAGGAGUGAAGGGACACAGUGUUUGAAUGGAUCGAGUGACUCACUCAAUCAGGAGUGAAGGAACAGUGUUUGAAUGGGUCGAGGGACUCACUAUCAGGAGUGAAGGGACACAGUGUUUGAAUGGGCUGAGGGACUAACUCAAUCAGGAGCAGAGGAACAGAGUGUUUGAAUGGGCUGAGGGGCUCACUCAAUCAGGAGUGAAGGGACACAGUGUUUGAAUGGAUCGAGUGACUCACUAUCAGGAGUGAAGGGACACAGUGUUUGAUUGGGUCGAGGGACUCACUCAAUCAGGAGUGAAGGAACACAGUGUUUGAAUGGGUCGAGGGACACUAUCAGGAGUGAAGGGACAGUGUUUGAAUGGGUCGAGGGACUCACUCAAUCAGGAGUGAAGGGACACAGUGUUUGAAUGGGUCGAGGGACUCACUCAAUCAGGAGUGAAGGGACACAGUGUUUCUGAAUGGGUCGAGGGACUCACUCAAUCAGGAGUGAAGGGACACAGUGUUUGAAUGGGUCGAGGGACUCACUAUCAGGAGUGAAGGGACACAGUGUUUGAAUGGGUCGAGGGACUCACUCAAUCAGGAGUGAAGGAACACAGUGUUUGAAUGGGUCGAGGGGCUCACUCAAUCAGGAGUGAAGGGACACAGUGUUUGAAUGGGUCGAGGGACUCACUCAAUCAGGAGUGAAGGGACACAGUGUUUGAAUGGGCUGAGGGACUCACUCAAUCAGGAGCAGAGGAACAGAGUGUUUGAAUGGGUCGAGGGGCUCACUCAAUCAGGAGUGAGGGAACACAGUGUUUAAAUGGAUCGAGGGACUCACUCAAUCAGGAGUGAAGGAACAGUGUUUCUGAAUGGGUCGAGGGGCUCACUCUAUCAGGAGUGAAGGGACACAGUGUUUGAAUGGGUUGAGGGGCUCACUCAAUCAGGAGUGAAGGAACACAGAGUUUGAAUGGAUCGAGUGACUCACUCAAUCAGGAGUGAAGGAACACUGUUUCUGAAUGGGCUGAGGGGCUCACUCAAUCAGGAGUGAAGGGACACAGUGUUUGAAUGGGCUGAGGGACUAACUCAAUCAGGAGUGUAGGAACACAGAGUUUGAAUGAAUCGAGUGACUCACUCAAUCAGGAGUGAAGGAACAGUGUUUGAAUGGGUUGAGGGGCUCACUCAAUCAGGAGUGAGGGAACACAGUGUUUGAAUGGGUAGAGGGACUCACUCUAUCAGGAGUGAAGGAACACAGUGUUUCUGAAUGGGUCGAGGGGCUCACUCAAUCAGGAGUGAGGGAACACAGUGUUUGAAUGGGUCGAGGGGCUCACUCAAUCAGGAGUGAGGGAACACAGUGUUUGAAUGGGUAGAGGGACUCACUCUAUCAGGAGUGAAGGAACACAGUGUUUCUGAAUGGAUUGAGGGGCUCACUCAAUCAGGAGUGAAGGAACACUGUUUCUGAAUGGAUCGAGGGGCUCACUCAAUCAGGAGUGAAGGAACACGGUGUUUGAAUGGGUUGAGGGGCUCACUCAAUCAGGAGUGAAGGAACACAGUGUUUGAAUGGGUCGAGGGGCUCACUCUAUCAGGAGUGGAUUUAGGGGAAUUUGCUCACUAUCGAUUAAAUCUUUAUGCUUAGCAGGAUUAGUUUGAAUUGAUUUUUUUUAACUUAAGAUUUUCUAAUGCUUCCUGUGAGGAGCUGAGAAAUUCACUUUGAGUGGCGCAUCUCUGAGAGAUUUAACAAAAUUCCUCCUUUCCAGGAGACCAGAGCUGUUUUUCUCAGUGUACCUAUACUUGUAAAUAAGGGUGACUUUUGGUGGGUUGGGUGUGAAUCCUGAUUUAAACCCAGUCUCUGGUAAUGCCUCUUUCCAUCACUGUUACUUUUGAUAAGAAUGGGGUUCUUGAAGAACUUUGUAUAAUUCCUUGUUGUUAUCAAAAUAUUCUUGAAUUUAAGUUAUCUGUAUGUUUUCUUCUUGCAGAGCUGAUCAGUAAAUGAAGUUGUUCU